AUGGUUUAUUUUUAUACAUCACAGCCUUUUCCAGAUUCAAUUCCACACCAGAUCAUUGUAGGAAAAGACAAAUUUGAGAAUGAUCUUCUAAUAAAAUAUGGUUAUCGGGAAUUGAACUAUACAUGGUUCCAUGCUGAUAACUAUUCUAGUGGACAUGUCUAUUUGAAGUUAUUAGAGAAAGAGAAUUCUGUGAGUGAUGUAAGCUCAGAGAUUGUUAAUGAUUGUUUGCAACUUUGUAAAUCUGAAUCGAUCCAAGGUAACAAACUGCCACAAUGUAGCAUCUUGAUCACACCUUGGCAUAAUUUGAGGAAGAAUAGGUUUAUGAAACCGGGAGAAGUUUCAUUUAAAUCACAGAGAGCAUGUACAAAACGAGAUUGUUUUGCAAGGGAUACAAAAAUAAUGAAUAGACUAAAUAAAACGAGGGUAGAAUUGUAUGAAGACGUAGAAAAUAUUCUACAUGAUGCUAAAAAAUCUAAAAAUCCAAAUUAUUUCACUGAAUUAAUUGCAAAUCAACGAGAUGAAUUACUGGAGAGUGAGAGGCUACGAAAAGCAGAAAAGAAGCAAAACAAAAAGCAACAAAAGAAGAGAGAAGAAGAAUGGGGAGAAGAUAUAGAUAGCGAUGAGAUAAGUAAACUAGCUGCUAUUUAA